AUGUCAACCACCACCACAACUUCUACGUCUACCCGCCUCACGGUACCAUCGGGACGUCUAUUCUCCCAAGGAACCGAAGUCAAAUACGGUGACUUUCGCGACGACCUUCUCCAAAAUGGCUAUGCCGUCAUCAAAGGCGCCGUUCCACGCGAGCGCGCACUGAAGUACGCAGAUGAGAUCUACGACUGGCUUGAAGGCUUUACUGACAAACCAAUUUCUUUCGAAAGCAAUCUCGGCUUCAAAAGAGACGACCCGUCAACAAUCCACAAAGACCAUCUCCCCGAUAUCAACGAGAAGGGAAUGUGUCUCGGUUACGCGAUCUCCCACGAAUCAUUCACGUGGGCCGUGAGACAGGAGGAGGAGGUCAUCAAGGCGUUUGAGAAAGUAUACGACACAGAGGAUCUUAUCGUGUCAUUUGACUCGGUGAAUGUAGGGUUUCCGUCCCGCACAGACAUCAAGCCCAAUACGCCCUGGCCGCACCAGGAUCAGAAUCCCGAGAAGCCGGGUUUCCGGUGCUUGCAGGGUCUUGUGAACCUGUUGCCGAAUGGGCCAAAAGAUGGGGGCUUGAUUGUUUGCAAGGGAGCCCACUUGUUGAGCGAGGAGCUGCAUGAGGCUUUCAUGGGAGAGGAGAGGAUUUGGUCUUGGACAACGGAGUGGUACGGAUUGACCGAUGCGAAUAAGGAGUGGCUGAAGGAGAGAGGCUGCGAGUGGGUUAAGGUCGACGCCGAGCCGGGUGACUUGCUACUCUGGGACUCCCGCACUCCCCACUACAACCUGUCGUCUGAGACAUCUCAGCCCCGUUUCUGCGUUUAUACUUGCUACAUGCCCGUGGAGGAUGCUACCAAGGAACAACUUGUGGUCAAGAAGAAGGCUUUUGAGGAGACCCGUAUGACGACUCACUGGCCGAAUGCCAUGCAUGUGGUUGAUUUGCCGGUAUUCCGGAAUGGAGAGCCCGAUCCCUACCAGCGCUCUGAGCCACGAUCGGCGGUCCAGCUUUCCGACCGAGGCUUUAAACUGACAGGUAUUCCAUAUCUAGAGGCUAUGACUUGA